CGAGCGAGGUCAAAUUGCGGGGUCUUUUCUUUUGUUCCCCCUAUCCUGCGGCGACUGGAGCUGCAUCUGCUUCGCCACCGACACACACUCUCUCUCUCUCCUACUUUGCGCCAUGCCUACCCCGAUGGCCAAGAAGUCGCCCGGCGUCGCCGCCAAGGGCAAGAAGAAGGUUCAGACCUUCACCAUCGACUGCGGCAAGCCCGUCGAGGACAAGAUCAUGGAUAUUGCCUCCUUCGAGAAGUUUCUCAACGACCGCAUCAAGGUGGACGGUAAGGCCGGAGUGCUCGGCAACGCCAUCUCCAUCUCUCGCGAGAAGAAUAAGAUUAGCGUCACUUCCGAGAGCUCUUUCUCCAAGAGGUACCUGAAGUACUUAACGAAGAAGUACUUAAAGAAGCACAACGUGAGGGAUUGGCUCCGAGUGAUCGCGUCGAACAAGGACAGGAAUGUGUAUGAGUUGAGAUACUUCAACAUCGCGGAUCAAGAUGCCGAGGAGGAAGACUGAGGUACUAGAUGGGAAAAUAUGUAGCGUUGUAACUCUGGCAAGUUCUCUUAUUGCUCAGCGGUACUAUUGUAUACAAAUUGUUCACAUUUAUUGAAGUCAUAUGCAGUCUGAGUUUAGUCUGAAUUUUCUGUC